AUGUCAGAAUUUUCCUCGGUAUUUCGACCGAAUGCGCCAGACGAUAAAUCAUUUCAGGCGGUUUUGCGUGCCAAUAAUUACUAUUCGAAAAAAGACUACGAAUCUGCUAUAGAAGAAUAUUCCAAAGCCAUAUCAAUACUACAAUCUAGUCCGGAAACAAAAAAGACAUCCGAUUUUGCUGCACUCGUGUUUUCUAAUAGGAGUGCAAGUUUUUUUCAACGUAAAAAAUGGAAGGACGCAAUAAAAGAUGCUGAACAGGUUAUUCGAAUAAGGCCUGAAUGGCCAAAGGCUGAAGCUCUUGUGCAAUUAGAGAAAUACGAUGAAGCGUUAGAUUGUUAUCACGUCGCACAACAGAAGAAUUCAAUAACAAACAAAAUACGAAGUAAAAUAUUCGAAUUUGCUGUAAAAAUGAAAAAUUUGAUUUAUGUCAUUGUUGAUAAUAGUACAAAAGAGUGUAUUGUCGUUGACGCUUGUUGGGACGUUGAUGGGAUCAUAAAAUUUAUUAAAAAUAAACGUUUGAAACUUGUUGGCGCUAUUGUAACCCACCACCACUUUGAUCAUGUUGGAGGAAAACCACCUUCACCAUUUAACCAACUUCCAAUAAAAGUAUCAGGCUUAUGCGACUUAUUAAAGCGUUUUCCAAAAUUAAAAGCUUACAUACAUCCAUUAGACAUUCCUCAUGUACUUAAAACAAAUCCCGAAUUAUCGGACCUAUUCACUUCAAUCCCUCUUUCAAAUUUGCCAUUUAAAAAUCGUCAGUCUCAUUUAUGUAAUACAAAUAUCAUAUCUUUCAUAAUAAAUUCCACUCUUAAUUCCUCUGCAUUAUCCAACUCUAAUGCGUCAAGAAUAAUUCCAACCCCACAUAAUUUCAUACUUUCAUUGGGUAACUUUACACUCUUGAGAUUUCUUCAUACUCCAGGCCACACCGAAGGUAGUCAAUCCAUAUUGGUUAAUGAAACAAGGUUAUUUACUGGCGAUACAUUGAUGUGUGGAUGUACCGGAAGGUUGGAUCUGCCUGGUGGUAAUUUAAAACAGAUGAAAAAAACUUUGAGAAAAAGGUUGGGCAGUUUGGAUGACAAGAUCGUAGUAUUUCCCGGUCAUGAUUACGGCGGCGAUUGGACUACUAUUGGGAUUGAGAAAAGAAAAGGUAUUAUUGGGAAGACUAAAAGAAAACAAUAG